CCCUCUUCCUCUAACCCUUUUCUCUCUCUAUCCCCCCUUCUUUCUCUCCUCGUCUUCUCAACCCCCUUAGCCCUACCUGCAAUCUUCGAGGGCAGACCAGAAAAUUCAUACAAAAGUUUCGUAUUUGAACCCUAAUCUUUAAGAGUAUCAAGAUUUGAUUUCUUUCGGGUACGGAGAUGGCGAUGGUAACUACAAAGAAGAUGAUAGCAAUUUGCCAAUAUGGUGGCGAUUUCGAAAUGCAUGAUGAUGGGUCAAUGACUUAUGUUGGCGGGGAGGCAUAUGCUGUUGAUCUUGAUGAAAAUAUGCAGUUGAGUGGUUUCAAACAAGAGAUAGCGGAAACUAUCGAUUCAACUGUAGAUGGGAUGGUCAUUAAGUACUUCUUGCCUGCUAACAAGAAGAAUCUGAUUACUGUAUCGAAAGAUAAAGACUUUCAGCGAAUGGUGAAUUACUACAAAGAAGCCGAUCAGCUUGAGGUUUUUAUUAUGAAAGAAGCCCCCGCGGGUAAAAAUGCCAAGAAAAAGCAGCCUGCUCGGAGACCACAGAAGGCGCCACCAAAGGCUGACACAACGGCAGUUGUCCCCGCUGCUGCUGCUCUUGCCGCCGCCCCUACUGCUACUCCAAAUAAUGCAGUCGUUCUCAACGAAUCUGUUGACAUCGAGACGACAAACGAAAUCACUCCAGGGGCUAUUCCAAUUUCCAGCAAUCCAUUCCCUAUGGCUGUCAUUGAUAACGAUCAGCGCAUAGCUGCAAAACAGUGGGAAAAUCUUAUAACGGGCGUUGGCCAACGAUUCCAUUCACUGGCCGAAUUCCGAGAGACCCUAAGAAAGUACUCGAUUGCACACGCAUUCAAUUUUGUGUACAAAAAGAACGAGAAUCAACGUGUAACCGUGAAAUGCAAGGCCGAAGGUUGUCCAUGGCGGAUCCAUGCAUCGAAGCUAUCCACCACCCAAUUGGUGUGUAUCAAGACGAUGAGGCCCGUUCAUAAUUGCCAAGGAGUUACCUCAAAAGCUCCAUUUCGAGCUAAAAGAAGCUGGGUCGGGAAUCUCAUCAAAGAAAAGGUGAAGGAAUCGCCAAAAAUUAAGCCGAAAGAUAUUGCUACCGAGCUUAAACGGGAUUACGGGAUCGAUUUGAACUAUUCACAAGCAAGGCGGGCUAAGGAGUAUGCAAGAGAACAGCUUCUGGGAUCGUAUAAAGAUGCAUACAGCGAGCUCCCAUUUUUUUGUGAGAAGAUAAUGGAAACAAAUCCUGGUAGUCUUGCUACGUUUAGCACGAAGGAGGAUUCGAGUUUUCAUCGCCUCUUUGUUUCGUUCCAUGCCUCAAUUUCUGGCUUCCUACAAGGCUGCCGCCCGCUGCUUUUUCUUGACAGCACGCCGUUGAACUCACGGUACCAAGGGAUGUUGUUGACGGCCACGGCGGCUGAUGGUGACGAUGGCGCUUUUCCGGUGGCGUUUGCGGUGGUUGACGAAGAGACUGACGAUAACUGGCAUUGGUUUUUAACGGAACUCAAGCUUGUGGUGUCGACUCCUGGUCAAAUCACGUUCGUUGCUGAUUUUCAGAAGGGUUUGCGGGAGUCGUUACGGGAGAUAUUUGGCGGCGAGUGUUAUCAUGCCUAUUGUCUGGGUUAUUUAGCCGAGAAACUUAACAAAGAUUUGAAAGGCCAUUUCUCACAUGAUGCUAGGCGGCUCAUGGUAGAAGAUCUUUAUGCGGCUGCACACGCACCUAAACUCGAGGCUUUUGAGAAGUGCACCGAAGACAUUAAAGCCAUCUCUCCAGAGGCCUACAAUUGGGUUAUUCGUAGCGAGCCCGAGCACUGGGCAAACACGUUCUUCGGUGGGCUGAGGUACAACCAUAUGACAUCGAAUUUCGGACAUCUUUUCUAUGCGUGGGUAUCGGAGGCAAACGAGUUGCCGAUAACUCAAAUGAUCGAUGAAUUAAGGGGUAAGAUGAUGCAGCUCAUUUACACUCGCCGAGUUGAAUCGAGCCAGUGGAUAACUCGGUUAACGCCUUCCAUGGAAGAAAAACUAAAGAACGAGAUCAUAAAAGCGCGUUCUGUCCAAGUAUUACGGUCCCAUGGAAGCAAAUUUGAGGUUCGAUAUGGUGAAACAGUCGAUAUAGUUGAUAUCGAGAAUUGGGAUUGUAGCUGUAAAGGGUGGCUGCUUACCGGUUUGCCGUGUUGCCAUGCGAUUGCGGUUUUGGAAUCAUACGGUCGGAGCCCGUACGACCAUUGCUCCAGAUACUUCCAUGUCGAGACCUACCAAUUGACGUAUGCCGACUCGAUUCACCCGAUACCAAAUGUCGAACGGGGUGUGGAUAGCGAUGCUGAAGAUGGUACGAUUCUUGUUACUCCUCCGCCCACUAUGCGGACCCCGGGAAGGACCAAGAUACGGAAGGUUGCACCGGGUCGGAUCGGACCCUCCGACUUCCUUAAACGCCAACUCCAGUGUGGGAAGUGUAAAGGGCUCGGCCACAAUAAGAGAUCAUGCAAGGAGAUUGAGGAUUAGUAUGUUGUAAUUUGUCGAAGGUAAUAAAGCGGAUGCAGACAUCAGCCAUGGUUCAUUUGAAGACGGGUUCCGUUUUCGUUGCAAGUUCUUAUCUUGUUUAUCGAUCGGUUAGGAUUCUGUCUAAUGUAAAUUCUAAUAGAAAUUUCAUUAGCAGGGCUUUGCUCUUGGUAAAGAUUUUAGUAGAAAUUAGUUUAGUCUGCUUCAUGUUUGUGACUUAUGUUGGUAGGGAAGCUUUAGUUUUCAAAGUCAUCUUAUGCACAGUUUAAGUAGUUGACUUUUUUUAUUUGACUCAUCUUGCUCCAUAGUCUCCAACCGCAUUUUUUUAACCGUGGGUAUCUGGAUCAACUUGUCUGUAACUUUUUAACCGUGGAGUAUGUAUCUUGACUUAUCUUAAUGGUAUAUAUGACCAUGUUAAGAU